UGUGUAAUAAUUUUAUAUUCCAUUUUUUUUUUUUUUAAUUAUUUACGUCUAAUUUGAGUCUUACGGCGUAAAGCAAAGAUUUAAUAGUGAAACGGUAGUUUUGGAUUUAUUUAUUUAUACAAAUGUGUUUGUUAAAUUAAUAUUAUUUAUGCCAUUUUCCAAAUUCAAAUUUUAAAUAUAUUGACAUAAAUACGAAUCCUUGCAAUCAUAUAUCAUCAAAUAUACUAAAAGUGUAAUUGUCUCAGCAUAUAUUGGUUUUUUUGUAUUUUCUAAUUAAAAUGGCUGUAUGUAAAAUAUUUUAUAUUUUUGUUCUUUGGUUUAAUUUUUCUACAGCAUUAGAAUACAGGGAAUUAAAUUGUAAUUUCUCCAAGUACAUUUUGAAUUAUUUUAAACAUAAUGAAAAAUACUUGCUAAAAUUAGAAGAGGAAAAAACAAAUAUUUUGAUUAGUGAUUUACAAAUAUAUGGACGAGCUAUACAAUCUCAUGGUGAAAUUGUAAUUGCGAUGUUAGAAGCUUUAAGAUCAGAAGAUCGAGUAAAUUAUACAUCAUCUCUAAUGAAUGUAAAUUUAUACUUGAAUAACGUUUCAGGAUCUGUGGAGAUGAACUUUAAAAGUAAAAAUGGUAAAUUUGAUGAUUCGAAUAGAAUAUUAAAUUUACUAGAAGGAUUUUUGAUGAUACAUAAAGCUAUAGUAAAACGUUUGGAAUAUUUUGUGUACAAUACAUGUUCUGAUGUAUCUUUUGAGGAAGUAUUUACGAAUUGCCCAGAUUUCAAUAAGGAAAAAGAUUAUAGAAUUAAAUUUCUCCCUGAUAUAGUAGAAAAACUAAAAAACAGGUUGUCUAUUAAUGACUUGCAACUCAAAGAUGAAAGAUUGAAAUUAAAACACAGUGAAGUAUUUAGAAUAUUGCAAUUAGCAAUGAAAAAUGAUUGUCGAUGGGAUUUCCAUCCCAAAAAAUUGUUAUACUACGAUUUAAUGAUGGGACAGCAAAAAUUUGAUGAACGAAAUCUCAUGUCAGGUGUACAAUAUAGAAAAUUACCAGAAGUAAAAGAUUGUCGGGCCGUUAAUGUUUUAGACCAUUUAAAAUAUGCACCACUUAAAUAUAAGUGUCCCGAUGAUUCUUAUGUAACACUUUUUGACGUGUUUCGUUACAUGAAAUACAAUUUUGAUUCAAAUCAAUUACAAGGAUAUCAACAGCUAGUGUUAGCUUCAACUAUUAGGCCAAUUUUAUUAGUUUUCCGUAUGUAUAUAUCAUUUUUAAAGAGGAUUAAUGAUUUUUGCAAAUCUGUAUCGCAUAAUUAUAUUAAAAAUAAAAUGAAUGAAAUCCGUAAUAAAAUGGCAGAAAUUGGUCCAAUAAUAAUUAACCAAAUUAAAUAUUUUAAAGAUACAAAUCUUCUUCAACCACAACCGAUAAUCUAUUUAGAUAAACUUUGCAAUUAUAUUCGUACCAUUUGUUAUGGAGAUAUAUCUAAUAUAAAUCAUUUAUUGAAUUACAUAAUGUUAUCUACGAAGUGCUUUUUUCGAAAUAAUAUAUUAAAUGCUUAUGAUGGUUUAAUAAGGGAAUAUGAAAUUACAAAUUAUAACACUAUUGUUCAACUGUAUAACGAGUUUUCCCAACUUGUUGAUGUAAUGUCAACAUACAUAAUCGAAUUGGACAAAUACAAGGAAUCCCUUAUUGCAGUGAAUAAAACACGAAAUAUACAUUCUUUAUACUUCGGAAGAGUGUCUAAUGCCAUUUUUAAUCCCAAAUCAGCCAUGAUAAAUCGCUUAUGUAGCCAAAAUAUAUACACUGAAAUAUAUAAUAUGGAAAAUGCUGAAUCUAACGAUGAUGUAGAAAACAACAUUAAUAUGGUAAAUCAUGAUAAUGACAACGACGAAAAACAAACAGAUAACCAAAAUAUUGAUGAAACAUCAAAACUUAAGACUCCACUGCCAAAAUAUAUGAUCGAUUACAUUCUAUUCAUAUAAUAUUCAUAUUUACGGAUGGAAACUAAAAAAGUGCGUUUUUUUUUAUGUCUAUCCAUACAAAUUCUCAAUUCAAUACAAUUUUGAUGAUCAAUGCGUUAAAUGAACCGAUUUUAAUCUAGUUGAGCUAAUAGUCAUCAAAUAUUGGAAAAAAUCUCUUAAUUUUAAAAAUUUAAACUAGUAUAAAUAUAAUAAAUUGAAAUUUUUA